GCCCCUGGGGCGCUCGCACUGGGCACGCGCGGCGCGUUUCGACCCCCUGGCUGGGCGCCACGGAAGGAGCGCCUCUUCCAGCCGGUCUCGGAGCCCCCGCUCCCGUGCCGGAAGCAGGAGCCGUUGGAGCCGCCGCUUGGGUGACGGUGAGACGCAAACAUGACCGAAGAGAGCGCUGAAGAGGAGGAGGAGGAGGACGACGACGCGAAGAAGAAGAAAAAGAAAAAGAAGAAGAAGAGCAAGUCCAAGAAGAAGAAGAAGAGCAAGUCUAAAAAGAAAAAGAAGAGCAAGUCCAAAAAGAAAAAGGGGAGCAAGUCCAAAAAGAAAAAGGGAAGUAAGAGUAAGAAAAAGAAGAAAGGAAGCAAGAGUAAGAAGAAGAAAGGAAGCAAGUCCAAGAAGAAGAAAGGAAGCAAGUCCAAGAAGAAGAAAGGGAGUAAGUCUAAAAGGAAAAAGGGCAAGUCCAAGAAAGGAAAGAAGGGUGGUGACGCAGAUGCCACUGAGAGCAAGAGCCCGAGCCCAACGCAGAGCGGCGCGGCAACACCGGGCGCCACCAGUCCCCGCCGAGGAGCCGCCGCCGGUGCGGCAGGCACUGCAGGGGGAGCCUAUGGGGCAGCAGGAGCCUAUGGGGCAGCGGGAGGAGCAUAUGGAGCAUCGGGAGGAUACGGAGCAUCGGGAGGAUACGGAACACCGGGAGGAUACGGAACACCGCGAGCGUACGGAGCUCCCGGACCGUACGGCGCGUAUAGCCCUGGAACGUACGGCCGUCCGAUGAUGCAGGCGAGUGACAUCAGCAUCUCCUCAAUCGGCGGACCCAGGCCAGCGUUGCGCCAGACGUACCGCGUGCGACGCGGUGGUGCCUCUUCGAUCUCGAUACCGUCCAAGGAAGGCGGUGGCAUAGUGGUGGAUGUCAAGUACCGCAGAAAGAAAAGGCCCUUCGGCUCUUUCGGGACGCCCACCGGCUCGUACUCGUCGUCGCAGAUGGCUCUGGCGCCCGAUUCGAUGUUAUACGAUGACAUGCGUUACAUACCCAACGCAAUGUUCUACGGCGAUUCGUCCGACAGCUACUCGGACAUGCUGUCCAGCCGCUCCUUCGAAGACAGCUACUUUGACGAUGGAUACUCGAGCUACCCGCCUGCCGACCUGUUGUACUCACAGGGCGAGGGGCCCCUCGAUAGCUUGGCGUUUCCACAGCAGACCGGCGAUGGUCCCGGGAUAUCCAUGCUUCCACCCACCAUUCAAGUUCACUUGCAACCACCGGCGGAGCCCAUGUCUGUGGACUUGCGGGUCUCGAUGUCCAAGGAGCGACUGCUUGGUCUGGGACAGCAGCAGAUGUCGCAGCCCGCCAAUAUACAGCCGCUACAGAUGCACCUGACGUCAUUACCGCAACAGUAUCUUGGUCUGUCAGACAAAUCUCAGCCAACCUUUCAGCAGAUAUGCCAAACGGGCCGAUCGCCCAUGGACAUGACACGAAUGGAAGUGCAAAAUCUCGGCGCUCAAGUGACCAUCCAUCCUCAAGUACCGAUAGAGCAACAGAUACAGAUACAGCAGCCGCCCUCGUAUCUCUUUCAACAAUCAUCGCAUUCGUCGGCCCUUCUGGAACAACAAAUGGCGCAGGCGCAGGCAUCGCAGUUACUCUUGCAACAGCAGCAACAACAGCAACAGCUGCAACAGCUACAACAGCUUGAGGCACAGAGAUCCGCACAGCUCCAGCAAAUGCAACAGUAUACCCAGUACCCUCAGUACUCCCAGUACCCUGAGGCAUCGAUGCAAAUGAGUCCCAAUCUGUCUGCGCCCAUGAUGCCUCCUCAAGGAGUAGGAACGCGAGGCUCACCGCGCAUUCAAGUGGACGUGUCCACCAGCGGAUCAGCCUCAGCCGACUCUGGGGGAAUUGGAAUCGUGCACGGUCGAAUUAGAAGGUUGCGCCGUGGCGGUUAUGGAAGCCCGCCGGUAUUUCCUGCUCCUGGUUACGGGACACCGCCACCGAGAAGUUACAGCAGCCCUUCACCACGGACUCUGAUGCCUGGUUAUGGAACUCCGCCUCCGAGGCCGCCUAUUUUGCGCCGUAGAGCACCGUCUCCCAUGGCGCAGUAUUCGCAACCGUUUCCAUCGCCUUCAUAUAUUGCCGUACAGUCGGCUUCGUUUACGGCCCCGCCGUCGCCGCCUCCGCCGCACUACCACCCGGUGUACAAGUCACCUUCGGAUCCACUGCAAGCAUAUUUGCCUCCCGUCAUGCGUCGCCCACGUUCCCCACCACCUGCGCCCCCUGCGACGCCCGCCAACGCUAAUUUCAACAACCCGCUACAAGCGUCCGUGUCGGUGUCUUCGUACCGCAUUCGGCGGCCCCGCCAAGUGUCUUCAAUGCCGUCGUACCCAAUGAUGUCUCCCAGUGUUUCCAUGAUGGCAUCGCCUCCAGCAUCACCCAUGCCUCCCAUGUCGCCCAUGUCGUCGCCAAUGCAAUCGCCUUAUCAAUCUCCAUAUCAAUCUCCCAUGCAAUCCCCCAUGGUUUCUCCAUCACCGUCUAUGAUCAUGCCUCCCACGAUGCCUUCACCGUCCUUUUCCAUGAUGCCUCCCAUGAUGCCAUCACCGUCGGCUUCAAUGAUGUAUCCCAUGCAGAUUCCGUCUCCUGUGCAAUCUAUCGUUAUGCAGCCCCCUCCUCCGCCGCCGAUGCCGUCCCCUUCGUUCAUUCCCUAUCCGAUGCCUGGCCCCAUGAUGCCAUCGCCUUCGAUUAUGGUUAACACUGUGGCACCUCCAGCAAUGUCGUCGCCUCCCGUUAUCGUCAUGCAACCGCCGCCCAGCCCCAUGAUGUUACCGCCAAUGCAGUCACCCAUGAUGCAACCACCCAUGAUGCAAUCGCCGAUGAUGUCGCCGAUGAUGUCGCCGAUGAUGUCGCCGAUGAUGAUGGGGCCGCAGAUGAUGGGACCACAGAUGAUGGGGCCAAUGAUGGGACCCCAGAUGAUGGGCUCUAUGAUGCCUUGUCCGCAGCCCUCCAAGUCCAACUCGGAGAAGGUGUUCUGCAAGAUUGAGCGCUACGGCGGCUCGUGGUCUGGUAGCGACGAUGACUACUACGAAGGCGGGGAUGGUUACCGCCGAAGGGGCAGGCGACGCAGCCGGGGCAAGCGCAGGCGCUCGCGACGCAGCUCGUAUUCGCCCACCGAGUCGAGCAUGCCGCAAAACGCGUCGCUUUACAGUGUGCCCUCGGCGCCGGCCUUCCUGGGACCCAUGCAGCAGCAGCAGCAGCAACAGGUCUACCAGAUGCAGCCGAUGAUGGGCACGCCGCAGCACGCCGCACCCGCGGCCGGCCUGGCGGCUUCUGCACCGCAGCCGCCGUACAUCACCGACAUCUCCAACGACCACCGGGACCUCGACGCCAUCGAGAAGGCCAUGAAGAAGAUGUACAUAGAGCGGUACCCGAGCGAGAACGAGAGGCAGUCGCUAUUCCCCGAGCGUUCACUGAUCAUCAUUCUGGCUCUCAUCUUUAUCUUCGUUAUCGUGGUCGUCGUGAUUGCCGUCAUGGGCUCCUCGCGUCCCGGGUUCCUGCACCCCGCGACGCAGCCCCUACCGACGAUAAAGACCGAGGCCCCGCCCACAACCGCGGCUGCCUCGACCACAGCAGCAGCUGCUAAGACGACGGGAAAGUCGUUGCUGGCAUAGCGCGUGGGCCUUGUUGGUUGAAAUCGGUCGAUCUUCGCGACUAGCUCCUGCAUCCUGCGGCAUGCAUUAAAGUUGAAGCAGGGUCAAAAGCUGGCUUCCGUUUGUUUGUUUUUGCACGUAGCCUGGUCAAACUUGGUGAAAAUUAACAUUGUUUUACAAGAUGUACAGAGUUUUCAAGAAGCGAGUACGCGUUACUCAUUUGUGCACAGGUGAAUAAAGUUUGUAGCGCACACUUUCA